AUGCGUGCAUCACAAUUGAAAGGUUCUAUUUUAAGCUUGUCAAAAAACGUGGAAUGCAGUCAAGCAUGCAAUCAAGCCGUCUCGUCGCAAAAUUCCGCUCCAGUCACCACAAGCCUUCCGCAAAACGUUGCCGGUUCCGGAUCAGUCUAUCCAGUUCAAAUUAUCCCAGAGGCUAUCACUGCCCCAACAUCCUCCUCCUCCACUUUUAACGUUAGACAACCAAUCUAUUCCGGUUGUCCAUCGUGCGAGCAGCAAACACUGCAACAAAGGCCACCAAGACCUGAGACUUUCAACGUUCAGCAGACACAGCAACCAACAGCGAUGGUCACACCAACUCGUCAAGAGUCAGUUCCGCAAAUGAUGCCCCAGACAUCACAGGUCUCCCAAGUGAUGCCACAACCCACACCAACAAAGCGAUGCGACAAAUCAUGCAACGGUGUGUGCUUAUCGCAAUGCUCUCAGAAGAAACUUCCAUCGAAAGUCUGCAAGCCAGCCUGUAACCAACAGUGUUCGAAAGUCUGCAAACGAAAGUAA